AUGCCGAAUGCAGGGCUGAAGACCAUAAUCGCGCUGUCGUUUGUGCUGGCCGUCGGCUUCCUACUCGUCAUCUUAUCAUGCGCGCUAUAUAAGGAGUAUUACCCGUUGCUAGUCGUAGCGACCUACGUGCUGGCGCCACUACCCAACUGGAUCUGCGGUCGUUGGGCCAAUCCUGACGACUUCGUCGAGAGCUCCGGUAAUGCGGUGCUCGAUCUCGGUCGCUUCUGUACCGGGUUCUUGGUUGUUAUGGGAAUUGCUCUGCCCGUCCUCCUCGCACACUCAAAUAUAAUCGAAGUGCCAGCAAUGAUCAUGUGUAUUGUCGGCGGUCUGCUGAUCUACGGGACCAUCAUCAGCUUCGGCAUGUCCUUCCAAGAGGAACAAGAGUUCUAA